AUGGUGGCCUUCUCGACCCUUUCGGGCAUCAGUGCCGUCCCAUUACUGCUCUCCCUAGUCCAACAUGCCCACGGUAUCUCGUUGGAGGUCUCCACUGAGGGGGGCAACUCAUCAAGCUCACUACUAUAUGGGUUCAUGUUCGAGGACAUCAACCACUCAGGAGAUGGCGGUAUCUACGGCCAGAUGCUGCAGAACCCGGGUCUUCAGGGAACAACGCCUAAUCUGACUGCCUGGGCCGCUGUCGGUGACGCCACUAUCGCCAUCGAUGGCAACAACCCUCUGACCUCGGCCAUUCCCAGCACCAUAAAGCUGGAAGUAUCGGAAAAUGCCACCGGCGCAGUUGGGCUCACCAACGAGGGAUACUGGGGUAUCCCAGUUGACGGAAGUGAAUUCCAGAGCUCUUUCUGGAUCAAGGGUGAUUACUCCGGCAACAUCACCAUUCGGCUGGUUGGAAACUACACUGGCAUAGAGUACGGAUCCACGACUUUUGCACAUACAUCUACCGCAGAUAACUUCACCAAGGCCACCGCCAAGUUCCCGACGACCAAGGCCCCAGAUGGCAACGUUCUGUACGAGCUCACGGUCGACGGCAGCGUGGCCGCUGGUUCUUCGUUGAAUUUCGGGUACUUGACGCUUUUUGGAGAGACAUACAAAUCAAGAGAAAAUGGCCUGAAGCCCCAGAUUGCCAACGUUUUGGCUGAUGUCAAAGGAUCCUUCCUGAGAUUUCCCGGCGGCAAUAACAUUGAGGGAUACAGUCCAGAAAACCGCUGGAAGUGGAACGAGACCAUUGGGCCUCUUGAAGAUCGUCCCGGACGGCAAGGCACUUGGACUUAUUAUAAUACUGAUGGAUUGGGUCUUGCCGAAUACUUUUAUUGGUGUGAGGAUUUGGGACUUGCACCGGUGCUAGGUGUCUGGGAUGGGUUCGCUCUCGACUCGAGUGGCGGCACUCCCUUGACGGGCGAUGCGCUGACACCCUACGUCGAUGAUGUCUUGAACGAACUCGAGUACAUCUUGGGUGAUACGAGCACCACCUAUGGCGCAUUGCGUGCCGCACACGGGCAGAAGGAGCCUUGGAAACUCACCAUGGUUGAGAUUGGCAACGAGGACCACCUGGGUGGAGGCUGCGAUUCUUACCCGGAGCGCUUCAUCAAAUUCUACGAUGCGAUUCACGCUGCCUACCCCGACCUCAUCAUUAUUGCCAGCACUAGUGAGACGGAUUGCUUGCCUGAUUCGAUGCCCGAGGGAAGCUGGGUGGAUUACCACGACUACAACACUGCCGAUGGACUUGUUGACCAAUUCAACUACUUCGACAACCUCAACCGCUCUGUCCCAUACUUCAUUGGUGAGUAUUCCCGGUGGGAGAUUGACUGGCCCAACAUGCAGGGCUCGGUUGCCGAGGCCGUGUUCAUGAUCGGGUUCGAAAGGAACAGUGAUCUGGUCAAGAUGGCGGCUUAUGCUCCCUUGCUUCAGCUGGUGAACUCGACCCAGUGGGUGCCGGACCUCAUUGGAUUCACGCAGUCACCCGAGAUGACCUUUCUGUCGACCAGUUACUAUGUCCAGGAGAUGUUCUCAACCAACCGCGGUGAUACCAUCAAGGAGGUCACCUCUGACACAGACUUUGGCCCCGUGUAUUGGGUUGCUUCGAGCGCCGGGGACGCGUACUACGUGAAACUGGCCAACUACGGCUCUAACCCGCAGACCCUGACCGUGGCCAUCUCGGGGACGACGACUGGAAAGCUGACAAUCCUGGCGGACAGUGAUCCCGAAGCGUACAACUCGGACACGCAGACGCUGGUCACGCCAUCCGAGUCCACGGUGCAGGCCAGCAAUGGUACAUUUACAUUCAGCCUGCCUGCCUGGGCCGUGGCCGUUCUUGCUGCGAACUAG